UACUUCGGAGGCAAAUAAAAAUUUCCAAAAACAAAACUGGACUUCUUUGCUCGUUCCUUCCCGUCGAUCUCGAGGAGUCGUCGAAGACGACGAUGAAGCCCUAGCGGAUGGAUCCCGCACCAAUCCCGUCGUUGACCUGAUCUCGUCUCCAUGGAUUUCUCCUCCCUCCAGUCUCGCCCUUCUUCCUCCUCAUCGUCCUCUCUCGGCUCCGGCGGCGCCUACAUCCCGCCGCACCGCACCCAGCUCCACCCCCGCCUGUACUACUCGGCCCCUUCCUCCGUCGCCUCCCGUUCCCUCCCCCUUGGCGGAGGUGGCCGCCGCUGGAUUCUCGCUGCAGGUCUCCUCAUCCUCCCUUUCCUAUUCUACCUCUUAGCCGCCGCCGGGCGGACCCACGUCUCGGCUCAUUUCGACGCUCCCCGCCCCAGGGGAUUCGGCCUCGUCAUCGGUGCCAGUUCGGCUGGGUCCCGGAUCCACGUCUUCGAGUUCCUCAACGAAGGUAGGAUCUCCUUCGUCGGCUCCGAUGGCGGGGCGUCCGUGUCGCUGCAGGUGAGGCCCGGUUUGGGCGCGUUCGGCGCGGCGCUGGAGGAUGCCGGCGGGUCAAUCGUCAAGCUGCUGGAAUUCGCCAAGCGGAGGGUUCCGAGAGCGGAAUGGAGGAAGACGAAGGUGAUGCUGAUCGAGAAUGGAGGGUUGGAGAAACUUCCCUUGCGAGUGAGGUUGGCAAUUAUGGACUCUUGCAGGAGGGCUUUGAGGUCGUCUGGAUUUAUGUUCGCAAACGAGUGGGCUUCCUCCAUCACAGGUCAAGAUAAAGGGAUCUAUGCUUGGAUUGCUGCCAACUAUGUCCUUGGUACAUUAGGAGGUAAUCGUCAAGAAACUGUGGGGAUCAUUGAACUUGGUGGGGCUUCGACACAGAUCACAUUCGCUCCAGAAGAGCCACCUUCCACGGAGUUCUCUAGAAUGCUUAAAUUUCCUGGUGUUACUUAUAACCUUUAUAGCAAAAGCAUUCACCAAUUUGGUCAGGAUGUAGCUUGGGAGUCAUUAAUGCAUUUGCAUAACUACAGUACGACUGGGACAGCUUCAAGCUAUAUUGAGGAAACUAUCCAAUUUUCAUGCCUCCCAAAAGCAUACAACCAAAGUUUUAUUGUGAUGAAAUCAUCUAUAGUAUCUCAGAAGAACAUUUCAGUUGAAGCAGAGAACAGAUUUGCUACGUGUAGAUCAAAGGCCUAUAUGUUGUUACAAGGACAAGGUAUCUGUUCAAAUUCCCAAUGUGAAAUUUUACAAAGAUUUAAGACUGAAUUUAAAGGAAUGCUGGAAUCCCGGCAGAAAUUUUACUUUGUUUCCGAGUUGUUUGGGAUGACACCAAAGGCUUCCUUGUUAGAUGUAGAAGCUGCUGGACGACAUUAUUGCGAAGACAAUUGGCAUAGUCUAAAAGAAGCACAUCCCAGCAUCCAUGAGAUGGACCUCAUGAAAUAUUGUUUUUCAUCAGCUUUCAUGGUGUCUCUAUUACAUGAUGGUCUUGGAGUUCCCAUGGAUGAAAAACAGAUAGGGUUUGCUGAUUCCACUGGAGGCAGUCCUCUGGAUUGGACAUUAGGUGCAUUUGUACUGCAAACAGUGUACCAGCCCGAGUUAGAUCCUGAAAACUUCCCAAAUAUUGCCGGGAGCGAUACAUUAACGUUCAUUUUAUUGUUUGUGAUAGUUCUUCUUGUAAUUCUCUCUGUAUUCUAUGUAUCUAAUUGGCGAAAACCAAGGUCGAAGACUAUUUAUGACCUAGAGAAGGGGCGUUACAUAGUUACCCAUAUGCCUGCCUGAUUUUUGUUCCCCCAAUUUUGUUAAUGUAUUUAUGGAACAUUGCGAUUAUUCUUUGUAGAGGAUUAAUUGAUCAGAGAAAUCUUAAGGCUCUUUAAUUUUGCA